GGUUUCCCGCCGCGGCCGGCGGCCAUGAACCCCAGGGGCCUGUUCCAGGACUUCAACCCGAGUAAGUUCCUCAUCUACGCCUGCCUGCUCGCGUUCUCGGUGCUGCUGCCGCUGCGGCUGGACGGCGUGCUGCAGUGGAGCUACUGGGCGGUGUUCGCGCCCAUCUGGCUGUGGAAGCUGCUGGUGAUGGCGGGCGCGGCGGUGGGCGCGGGCGUGUGGGCGCGACACCCGCGCUACCGCACGGAAGGCGAGUCCUGCGUCGAGUUCAAAGCCAUGCUCAUCGCCGUGGGCCUGCACCUGCUGCUGCUGCUGUUCGAAGUGCUGGUGUGCGACCGGCUGGAGCGGGGCACGCACUUCUGGCUGCUGGUCUUCAUGCCGCUCUUCUUCGUGUCGCCCGUGGCCGUGGCGGCGUGCGUCUGGGGUUUCCGACACGACCGCUCGCUGGAGCUGGAACUGCUGUGCUCCGUCAACAUCUUGCAGUUCAUCUUCAUCGCGCUGCGCCUGGACCGCAUCAUCCACUGGCCCUGGCUCGUGGUGUGCGUGCCGCUGUGGAUCCUCAUGGCCUUCCUGUGCCUCGUAGUGCUCUACUACGUGGUCUGGUCCCUCCUCUUCCUGCGCUCCCUGGAGGUGGUGGCCGAGCAGCGACGGACGCACGUAACCAUGGCCGUGAGCUGGAUCGCCAUCGUGGUGCCGCUGCUGACCUUCGAGGUGCUGCUGGUACACAGGCUGGACGGCCACAACGCCUUCUCGCACGUGGCCAUCUUCGUGCCGCUCUGGAUCUCGCUGCUCACGCUCAUGGCCACCACGUUCAGGUUCAAGGGCGGCAACCACUGGUGGUUCGGCAUCCGCAGGGACUUCUGCCAGUUCCUGCUGGAGAUCUUCCCCUGCCUGCGGGAGUACGGCAACAUCUCUUACGACCUGCAGCAUGAGGACAGCGAGGAUGCCGAAGACACGGCCACGGCCGGACCGGAAGGCCCCAAGCUGGCCCCCGUGUUCGGCAAGGCCAGAGUGGUGACACAGAGCCCGGGGAAGUACGUGCCCCCGCCCCCCAAGCUGAACAUCGACAUGCCGGAUUAACCCUCCUGCUCCUCGGUGUGUGCACUAUCGCCAGCUGCGGUCUGCCUUUGCGUGCAUGCACCCCCCGGGGGACCCUCCUUUGUCACCUCUGAGUGCGCUCUGUUCCAGCCAGCCCGAGGCCCAGUGCUGACCCAGUGCACGCCGUGAAUAGAGGAGGUUGGGUUCCUACGUGUGUGUGUGAGUGUGACAGAAGGGGGUGUUGCUUGCCAGGUUGCUGCUGUCACAGCCAGCCCUCCAACUUUCCCCCAACCAGGGACACAAGUUGAGGUACCCUCAUGGGGUUCCUUAAAAGGAAUAAAUACACAGCUGUUGGGGUGGUUUUGGGGUUUGUGUAUUUU